GUUGAGGCUGUCACGUGCCAGACUUUGAGCCCGGCUUUAAGAGUGCGACAACUGCCUGAGCGCAGGGGCUGGUGGCGGGGAUGUCCUUUCGCCCAACUGUCUUUUUCUAGCUCUGAGGAACUCUUCCCCCGCCUUCAUCGACAUUCUUUAUUGGAAAAGGGUCACAUCCCUCCGCGGGCCUGUCCUUGAAGGAGGAAGGAUUAGCUGAGGAAGCCUUGGUGAGGCCUGCACUGAGCUGUGAGCCAGGUAACGAUGGCUGAUCCUUGGCAAGAAUGCAUGGACUAUGCAAUCACUUUAGCAAGAAAAGCUGGAAAGAUAAUCUGUGAGGCACUGAAGGAGGAAAUAGCUGUCAUGGUUAAAAGCUCUCCUGCAGAUCUAGUGACAGUCACAGAUCAGAAAGUGGAAAACAUGAUUAUUUCUUCUAUAAAAGAAAAAUAUCCUUCUCAUAGUUUUAUUGGUGAAGAAUCUGUUGCAGCUGGUGCAGGAAGUGUUUUAACUGAUAAUCCCACCUGGAUUAUUGAUCCUAUUGAUGGAACCACUAACUUUGUUCACAGGUUUCCCUUCGUAGCAGUUUCCAUUGGUUUUGUAGUAAAUAAAAAGAUGGAAUUUGGAGUUGUGUUUAGCUGUGUAGAAGACAAGAUGUACACUGCUAGGAAAGGGAAAGGUGCAUUUUGCAAUGGGCAGAAGCUCCAUGUAUCACAGCAACAAGAUAUUACAAAAGCACUCAUAGUGAGCGAACUGGGAUCCAGUCGUGAACCGGAGGUUUUAAAAACUGUGCUUUCUAAUAUGCAAAGGCUCCUAAGUAUUCCUAUACAUGGGAUUAGAGCAGCUGGGACAGCAGCUGUAAAUAUGUGUUUGGUGGCAACAGGAGGAGCAGAUGCCUAUUACGAGAUGGGGAUUCAUUGCUGGGAUAUGGCAGGAGCUGGAGUCAUUAUUACAGAAGCUGGUGGAGUUCUGCUUGAUGUCUCAGGUGGACCAUUUGAUUUGAUGUCAAGAAGAAUAAUUGCAGCAAACAGCCAAGUUUUAGCAGAGAGGAUAGCCAAAGAGCUUCAGAUUAUCCCUUUUCAAAGGGAUGAUGCGUCAAAUUAAAUGUUAUCCUUUCACCCUACCUAUAGCAGGUAGGUGGUUUGUGUCCACAAAAAUAGCUUCCCUUGUAGAGGACACAGUUUUGCACUCGAGUAAAAUAGCUGGCAAGUAUAAGUUUGGUCUGAACAUUUCAAAGCCUGAUACUUGAAUUCCUCUUCUCUCCUCUCUCCCCACCCGCCGGACUCUACGUGCAUUUUGGAUUUUAACCACUGUCCAUUUUAGAACAUAUUUAAAAAUAUCUCUUGAGUGUAAUUGUGGUGCUGGCAUGAAGUGAGGUGGAUUCGAUCUGCUGCAUUUUUGGACAUAUGCAUAGCACAUAUGUAAUUCAUAAUGAGUCUGUUCAUUUCUGGACAAUGUUCUAAAAUUCAGAACUGUGGUGAUAGCAAUGCAUGAAACUUGGACCACAGAUAAUGUUCCAGGAUAUUGGUGGAAAGUUUUUGAAGAAGAAAUUAAGUUCUGUGUAGUGGAAGGCUCAGCUAUACGUUACCUCAGAAAAGAAUGAUCCCAACCCAUUGUUUUACUGAUACAAAUAGAAAUUCAAGAACGAGUAAUAUUAGCAAUAUUGGCCUGUAGGUGGAGGAAGUGCUUAAUCUCUCUUGCCCAGAAAUUCACCCUUUUGCUUCUUCAUAGUGUCUUAGCAGUGUUUACUCAGCUACUGUGAAGAAGCAAAACAACAAAAAGAUAAAUGCUGUAAAUGAAACCAAUCCUUCACACAAUUACUCCAAUUUAAGUCUGCUUUCAUUUGUCUUGAACUGGAGGAUCACACAAUCAGACAGUUUAUCAGAAGCUCCCUCCCCAUUUAUUUCUAAUAUGAAAAAGGCAACAAAUUAAUGGGGUAGAUAUGAUUUUUUUUGUUCCAGAAUCUGAUCAUCCUUCCUGUGGAACAGGAAGCUUGAGUCAUUCUGAUAUGGUUCACUAAUGGUUGUGCUUUCCUCUGGUGCAAGGAGCCUUCCACAUCAGCCUUCUCUUGUAUCAACAGAAGGCUUCUUGUAUAGAGGGUAUUUCUUGUAAAUCUUUUGUAACAGAUACAGGGUUGGAGUUCCAGAGUGUUUACAUGGACCAAAGGAUUUCUACCCACAGAAAUUCUCACCUCCCACUUGAGCAUGCUGCUUCUGGGGCUGCUCCAUCGCCAAGAAACAGCAUUUGAGGAUGCUGGGAGAGGGGGAAUCAUUCUCUGUGGGUAGAAAUCCUUCCCACAGAAAUGUUCUGGUGGAUCCAAGUUGCUAUGGACCCAUAUAUGGGCUAAAGCUAUGAAGUGAGGUCAGGCCAUGAAGGACUCCUAUAUUUUGUUUAAGGUACCACAACAGUUGGGUGUGUGUUUGUAUUCUAGGCAUAUACUGUACAUGGAUAUCUUAUUUGGUGUACAGUGAUUGUUGAAUUAUACGUUAGAGGAGUGACUGAAGAAUGUUUUGCACUAUUCAGUAAAAUUGAGUUGAAUCAUACAUAUUUAGAUUGGUGUAACUUAAUCUUUGCCAUCAGUGUUUUCAGUGUCCCACCUGCAGCCAUACCUUUGUCAUAAACCAGUUUGUGUUAGUAUGAUUCCUCUGAGGACAGCAAUUGCAUAUUCUGUACUUUGUGUACUAGUCUGCUGGCCUUUGUGUUGGAUCCUCUAUUACAUUUCAGGCUCAGCCAUAGCAAUGUCAUCAUUGUAAACCUACACUCUCCUCUAAAGAUUAUAAUGAGAUGUUGAAUUAAAUGGUAACCAAUAAGGUUAAUCUUUAAAGCUUCAUUUAUUUAAAAUUACAUGGAUGUAUAAAUUAGUCAAUAUAAAGUUAAACUGUUCAUUGUCCAUGGCUAAGUUUCUUACUAUGUUAACUUUAGUACUGGAUGUACCCUUGGAGAUGAGUAAUGGUGGAAGUCCAGUGGCUCAGUUCUAUGAACCUCUUUGGUGACGGUGGGUAUCCCACAAGGUCUGGGGUGUAGGGCCUUUAACAACAGUGCCAGGAGAUAUCUGUAUGAAGUGCCAAAAACCACAGAGCCCAUUCAAAAUGUUAAUCAAAUUGUCUCCAGAUACUACUUGUGCCUCAUCAGCAUUCAGGAUUUUACUUUUUCCAAAGUGUCAGAGUAAUUCCUGGGUAUAUCAGGACAAAUAGAUGACUUCUUGGUUCCUGUAUGAAGCUGUAGGUUAGGGUGGGGACGGAGAGGGCGGGGAGAUCCAAUGUGUGGCAGAUUUGUCCUGUAAAAUGAAAACUGUUUGGAAAUGUUCUAAGUGUGCACUUAAAAUAAAGAUUACCUUCAGACUA